UCAGCUGCGCCCUAGGCUCGUAGAAAAGUGCAGCACAUGAGCACAACCGUUAGGUUUAAAAUUAAAUUAUGGCUGAAGGUACUUCGGAAGUGUUUGAAAAUACGAGCAGUGAAGUAUUAUCAGAAGAAAAGAACAUAAUAUCUCCCAAAGUUCGAUGGAUGCACCUUCAUGAAAUAAGAAGCAUAACUUUUGUGGGUAAAGAUGUGGUGGCGGCUUCCAAUGACAUGUACAUAGUGUUCCUGAAUUUGAAAACUAACACAGAGUUGGUCUACAUUGCUAAUAAUAAGAAGAAGGGAGACGGGGUUGAUUGCGUUGCAGGUUACAAGACCAACAUAUUUGCGUUUGCUGAAAAAAAUGCAGAAAAUCCCCGAGUAUUGAUACUGAACUAUCCCCACUUCAAUAUACUGUCUGAGUUCACAGACCCAGACAUAAAUCGAUACAAGGGUCUGUGCAUGAUGGAAGCGGAGCUCAUCUGUGGGUUCGGGGGGUUCCCCGCCUACAGCAUGUCGGUGUGGAGCUGGCGCAGCGGACAGAGGCUGCUGGCCGUGCCCACCGGGGUUGUUAGACGGAGACAGCUGUAUGAGGCCAGCCACAGCGGCCUCUUCGUCUGCGAGUGCUGGGGCGACGGCCUCAUAGUCUGGGAAGUGGGCAUCUGCUACACACAGAGCGUGGUCAUGAGGAGGAGCUCAGAGGAACGCGGUGCUGGUGAGGCGAAGAUUGAGGGGGUUUGUUGGAGUACGGAUAACAUGCUGUAUGGGGUUGAUGCUAAGGGCUGUCUGUAUUCGUUCUUAUCCGAUGGCAUCGGUAUGGUAAAGAACUUGGAAUGGGCGAUGGACAUUACUGGUGACAAUAAAACUCAUGUUUGUACUCUCGGUAAUGGGCUACUCAUUUACGGACCGGAUAUGAAUCUUAGAUACCUAAAAAAAGCGCCUGAACAGCAAUGGAUAGUGGCCCAAACCUUACGCCCUCACGACCCACUGAUUCGCCUAAUAUCGUCAGUUUGGAGCGAGGGCGCGGUGGCGUGGACUGACAGCGGGCUGGUGUAUAGAAUAAGUGAAUGUGACGAUGUGGUGGCUCUAGUGUGUGUCACGUUUAAACAGAGACACAUAAAAGUGGUUCAGCUAAUAGCCCCUUAUUUUAAAACCAUCGCUACCAUGGAUGAAAACGGAGUAUUGUGCAUAUUUGAUCUGAGAAGUUGUCGGCUGCUGGCAAGAAAACAAAUAAUCGGCAAUGACAUAUCAUUCGAAGCGAGUCCAGUCGACCCCAUACUAGCUAUAUUCGGCGAAGUGGGUCCAAACUACGGGGUGGUCCUGCUAGAAUGGGACAGCGGGACGCAAGCUCUGACGGACGUGUGUCGCGAAUGUGUCACGCACCAGAUCGUGUCGAAAGUUGUGUUUUCAAGCGACGGGAGGUACAUGGUUGCGGCGGCGAUGAGUGCUGGGCAUAUGGUUGUUUACAAGCUAACAGAAGAUCACUCGCUACUCCUCAUCCGCUACGCGUCGCUGGGCCGCGCGCUCGCCGCCGCCUGCCUCGCGCGCGUCGCGAGCGUGUGGCGCGCCUUCGGGCUGCUGCUGGUGUCUGAUAAGUAUUCUAUAGGCGAGCGUAUAAUGGUGAUCAAUGCAGAGACUGGCAAAGACAAUAAGUUGGCCGGCAAGAUGCAGGGGCCCUACUCCCGCCUGCUGCCGCUGGCCGAUACUGACGCUGUGCUGGCCCUCCCGCAUCUCAGCAAGACGGUGCAUGUGCUCAGGUUUACUGCUGAGAAAAGCGCAACGGUGCUAGUGAAGAUGGGGCCAAUAAUCGCGUCGGGCCACGAGUGCAGCUAUAUGGACGGUUUCUUCAACGCCUCAUACGUAUUGACGUAUUCUUACUUCGGCACAGUCAUCGUCAGACCAAGCAAAAAUUGUGAGAAUAUCGAGCGCAAACUUCAAGUAACCCACCGCUACGGAAGAGGCCUACGCCACGUAUCUAUAGACCUGACGUCUCAGACUUUAAUCGCAUUGACGGGAGCGGGAGACUUGGCUGUGUACUGUCUAGAUGAGAGCCACUCUGAGCCCACAUACGUCCCGCCAGAUCUGGCCAUGUGGGCAGAAGAGGGAGUCACUAUUGUGCAGCCGUAUGAUAAAACGAUCCUGGAGCAGCAAGAGGAACAGCGAGUGUGGGAGGAGGCGCAGGAGUGCCGCGCGCAGCGGGACCAGCUGGUGCAAAGUCUGGCGGCACUGAGGUCUCGCUUGGUAGAGCUACUGGAAGAGAGCGAGGCGUCGCCGCCGCUGCACCGACCCUCGCUGCACGAGUUCAACCUGCAAGUGGAAUACUCCAAGGAACGAGCUAAACAGGCAGAAAUAGAGCGAGAGAAGAUCCGUCUAGAGACGGAAGCGCUCAUGAAGGAGCAGGACCGAGUGGCGGCGUGGAUCAAGAGGACCUGCUGGGACAUGAUGCAGACGCAGCGGGUCAAACUGUACGCCAUGUUCACGCACUAUCAGGUGGAAAACUUCCCCGUGCUGCCGACCCAGCGCGAGCUCUGGCCGGAGCUUGCGCUGACGCAGCACCUGCGAGGCGUGGAGAUGGAGCUCGACGGGGACCUGCUGCGGCCCUGGCUGGAGACCACGCCCUCCGCGGAGAUACUGGCGCAACCACCAAUAGACUACAACGCAUCACAACUGACAGUCACACCAUCCAGCCAAAUCAGCAAGAGUCGACUGACCCAAAGCCAAAGCCGAAUUAACCAAAGCCGACUGUCUAUCGGAAGUCAAAUUCAAGUGGACGCCGACGUGGCAUCCGCAGAAGACUCGGUGGAAGAGAAUAAGUAUGUGUUGUCCGGAAGUGACGCGCACAAAUAUGUGGAAAUACCGCCGUAUAUGAUACCGCAGACGCAGGCGCAUAGCUACUUGCAGAUGAACGAGCUUUACGAUAUUAGUAAGCUAAAUGUACAAAACCUACGUCUCUGGUUCAACAAGCAAUUUGACGAACUGUACGCGAUGAAGAAACGUGAAGUGAGCCUGGUCCUCGAGAGGAAUGACCGGCUCAGAUUCAUUGUCUCAGAGUUGAACAAGCUGUCGGACCUGCGCGGCAGUUUCCACCACCUAGCCGUGGAGAUCCGCGACCCCGAGUGGAGGCAGGAGGAGGAGCCUCACAAGCUGAUUAAAGUUGAGCCGGAGGAGUGCUCAAUAGAACCGUACAUCAGCCCCAGCCAGAUCGUGAUCCCGGAGCCGGAGUCCGGUCCGAAGGACGACUUCAGGGAGCGAGCGCUGAUCGUGAUGAUGGAUGGAGUGCUGGAGACGCUGUGGUGGGACGAGAUCAAGAAGGAGAUACCGAAACCGUUGUGCAUGCUGGAUAAAGAUCCUGAAACCUUCAACGAGGAUGACUUACGCUUAGUGUUCGAAUACGAAGCUAAAGUGGCGUUCAGAAACGAAGAGAGACAGAAAUACAGGAAAAUGCUACAUGCAGAAUACGCUAAACUGUCUGCAGUACUCAAUGAGGGCAUAGUCAAGUUUAACGCUAAGUUAAAAGAGACGUGGCUGAUGAAGUUGCAAGUGGACGCGUGCAUCAGCCAGGAGCGACUGAACCUGAUGCGCCUGCGCAGGACCAACCUUGACCGAAUAGAGAUGGCGGAGAAAUUGGAGACUAUGAGAACCUCAAUAUCCGACCAUGAGACAGCACUCUCCACCUUAACCGACCAGCUUCACACCAUCCAAGCCGCUCUAGAAGCAUGCCGCAACGCCCACGACGCGUUACAACAGAAGCAGCGCCACCUGGAGCGCAGCUGCAGGAACCAGCUGGCGGACAUGGCGCCCGUGCAGCGCGACCAGUGCCUCAAGUACUUCAAGAAGCGUCCCAAGUGGGUGCAGCGGGCGACCAUGACCCCAGUGGUUCUAUAUGAGCUCGCCACCGCCGUGCUCGCCGGGGUGCGGCCGCCGCUGCUGCACGGCGACUGUUUGGAGUACUUUAAAGGAGUGGAGCAAUUGGACAACGUGAGCAAUAUGCCAGCAGUUCUGGACGAGGCGCUGUGGGCCUGCGUGUGCCGCCUGCGCCGCGCCAACAUCGACAACGAGAUACGGAUGAAGGCCCUAGUGCUCGAGACGGCAUACGUAGAGAGCGCUAAAGCGACGUGGACGGCGGCCAUCAACGCGCGGCGCGCGGCGCGGCAGGCAAUGUUUAAUGACGUGGUGGAACAUAGGAGGGAAGUCGAGGUCGCUUCUAGGAAUAAGAUUAUACAGCUGGUGCUUCCAGCUGGUCAAGUGGAGGUGCUCACGUCGGGGUACAUCGAAGACUUCGAGGACGCGGCCCUCAUCCCGCGCGACGAUGUUGAAGCCAUCAACAACCUCAUUUGCGUAAUGGGCGAGAUAAAACUGCGCAUGAUGCGCAAACAGAUGGACUUCCGCCGGGUCAUCUUGGCCAGGGAGUGGCAGCACGCGCAGAGCAGCAUGCGCCUGCGCCACCUGCGCCAGCAGCUGCACUCCUACACGAGGCUGCAGAUCCCCAAAGAGCUGCAGUGGUACCUCAAGAACAAGGAGCUGGGCGGCACCGACGAGCAGGACUUGCAGAGGACGGAGCGUGAGGUGGCGGCGUCCAGGGCUUCUCUUAACCGCAUGCUGGAUACUGAGGUGCAGAGGGUCGAGGAUAUGCAGAUGCGCGUAUCCCGCGUACAAGGCGCUAGUCAGCAGCUGAACGCGCACAUAGACAAGCUGCACGCGCUGGCCUCGGAGAAGCGCCUCGGAGAGGACCCCUUCGCGCCCAUCCGAGUGAGGAGGGAGCACAAGCGCAGGAUGGCUACGUUGGUGGAACGCAGCAGGUUGAUUCGCCAGGUGCAGGCGAACCACUCGACUAUAGUCCUACUGCAGACGGAGUUAGAGUUGCUUCGGCUCAAAACUUACCCGACAUUAGCUACUUUCCGCACUCUCAAUUAGAAAUUAUGACGGUAAUGUACUUGUAGGUUU